AUGGCUCCCGAAUCCAAGGACCACAAGAAGAAGGUCAACUUGACCGAUCCCUCGGGCGCCGAGCACCGCGAGGAGAAUGACACCGCCACGGCCAUUCUCAAGAAAAAGAAGAAGCCCAAUCAGCUUAUGGUUACUGAUGCCGUUAACGAUGAUAACUCCAUUAUCGCCCUGUCCAACAACACUAUGGAGGCUCUCCAGCUCUUCCGCGGCGACACCGUCUUGGUCCGCGGUAAGAAGAGGAGGGACACUGUCCUAAUUGUCCUGGCCGACGACGAUCUCGAUGAUGGCAGCGCCCGCAUCAACCGCGUAGUCCGCCACAACCUGCGCGUCAAGCACGGCGACAUGAUCACCAUCCAUCCUUGCCCAGAUAUCAAAUAUGCCAAGCGUAUCGCCGUUUUGCCGAUUGCCGACACCGUCGAGGGUCUUACCGGCUCGCUCUUCGACGUCUUCCUUGCUCCCUACUUCCGUGAGGCUUACCGCCCCGUCCGCCAAGGCGAUCUGUUUACCGUUCGCGGUGGCAUGAGGCAAGUAGAGUUCAAGGUCGUUGAGGUCGAUCCUCCGGAGUACGGUAUCGUCGCGCAGGACACCAUCAUCCACUGCGAGGGUGAGCCUAUUCCCCGUGAGGAAGAAGAGAACAAUCUCAACGAAGUCGGCUACGAUGAUAUCGGUGGCUGCCGGAAGCAGCUGGCUCAGAUCCGCGAGAUGGUUGAGCUCCCGCUCCGGCAUCCUCAGCUCUUCAAGUCCAUUGGCAUCAAGCCGCCUCGUGGUGUGCUCCUCUACGGUCCUCCUGGUACCGGUAAGACGCUGAUGGCUCGCGCCGUCGCCAACGAAACUGGAGCCUUCUUCUUCCUUAUCAACGGUCCUGAGAUCAUGUCCAAGAUGGCCGGUGAAUCCGAGUCCAACCUGCGCAAGGCGUUCGAGGAGGCCGAGAAGAACUCUCCUGCCAUCAUCUUUAUCGAUGAGAUCGACUCGAUCGCUCCCAAGCGUGAGAAGACAAACGGCGAGGUCGAGCGUCGUGUCGUGUCUCAGCUCCUGACUCUCAUGGAUGGCAUGAAGGCGCGGUCUAACGUCGUCGUCAUGGCGGCCACUAACCGCCCCAACUCUAUCGAUCCUGCUCUUCGCCGUUUUGGCCGGUUCGAUCGUGAGGUCGACAUCGGUAUCCCCGAUCCUACCGGCCGUCUGGAGAUUCUCCAGAUUCACACCAAGAACAUGAAGCUGGCCGACGACGUCGAUCUUGAACAGAUUGCCGCUGAGACCCAUGGUUACGUCGGUUCCGAUCUUGCUGCCCUCUGCUCAGAGGCUGCUAUGCAGCAGAUUCGUGAGAAGAUGGACCUCAUCGAUCUUGAUGAGGAUACCAUCGACGCAGAGGUCCUCGAUUCUCUCGGUGUCACCAUGGACAACUUCCGGUACGCUCUUGGUGUCUCCAACCCCUCGGCUCUCCGCGAGGUCGCUGUCGUCGAGGUUCCCAACGUCCGCUGGGAGGAUAUUGGUGGUCUUGAGCAGGUCAAGCAGGAGCUCAAGGAACAGGUCCAAUAUCCUGUCGACCACCCCGAAAAGUUCCUCAAGUUUGGUCUUUCCCCGUCCCGUGGUGUCCUGUUCUAUGGUCCCCCUGGUACGGGUAAGACCAUGUUGGCCAAAGCUGUUGCCAACGAGUGCGCUGCGAACUUUAUUUCGGUGAAGGGUCCUGAGCUGCUCUCGAUGUGGUUCGGUGAGUCGGAGAGCAACAUUCGUGAUAUCUUCGACAAGGCUCGCGCUGCCGCUCCUUGUGUUGUGUUCCUGGACGAGCUUGACUCUAUCGCCAAGGCUCGUGGCGGUUCGAUUGGUGAUGCCGGCGGUGCCUCAGAUCGUGUCGUCAACCAGCUCCUGACUGAGAUGGAUGGUAUGACUUCCAAGAAGAAUGUGUUCGUCAUUGGUGCUACCAAUCGCCCUGAGCAGCUCGACCCUGCUCUGUGCCGUCCUGGCCGCCUCGACCAGCUCAUCUACGUGCCUCUGCCCGACGAAGCUGGCCGUUUGAGCAUUCUCAAGGCCCAGCUCCGCAAGACGCCCGUGUCCAAGGAUGUCGACCUUGCCUACAUUGCUUCCAAGACCCACGGCUUCUCCGGUGCCGAUCUUGCUUUCAUCACCCAGCGUGCUGUCAAGCUGGCCAUCAAGGAGUCGAUCGCUGCCGAGAUUGAGCGCCAGAAGGCUCGUGAGGCUGCCGGCGAAGAUGUCAACAUGGAGGAUGAUGAGGACCCGGUUCCCGAGCUUACCAAGCGUCACUUCGAGGAGGCCAUGCGCGAUGCCCGCCGCUCUGUCAGCGAUGUCGAGAUUCGCCGCUAUGAGGCAUUUGCUCAACAGAUGAAGAACGCUGGUCCUGGCGCCUUCUUCAAGUUCCCCGACAGCACCACCGACAACAGCGCUAGCAACGCUGCGGGCAACUCGUUCGGUGAUGCUGGCAACGAUGAUGAUCUCUACACCUAA